GUCAACCAACUUAAAAACCAUCAAUAAGAGCCAAAGAGUGGAAGACUCUGACUUUUCCAGGCAGAAGAAACUGUUCCAAAGAGGGCGUCUUUAUUUCCACAAAAGCAAACCUUUAUGCUUAAAUAGAGUUGAACGCUCACAUGUAAAUAUCUCCGGCAGCGAAAAUUCAAGAGACGAUGUCAGCAUCUUUUCGAAAGCAGUUGCAACAAGCUCACUUCAUGAUACUCUUCAAGGACACACAAAAUGUCACCGGAAGAUGCCAACCGAGGUCAGACCAAAAUAUUAUAACAGCCUUUUCUAUCAGAAUAUCCAGAAAAUGCUCAAAUCUUCAAAUGAAUUCUGUGACCUUGUUUCUUCGAAGGAGAAUAAGAGAAGAGCAGCAAGUAAAGACACUAAAUAAACGAUAUGAAACAUUCAGAGGUAUCAGCGGUCAGGAUUCUGCAUGCAAUGGUGUGGAACAUGGACUCAAAUCAGGCAAAGAAUUUUUGGGUAUGAAAGAGAGCAGAAGGAGCGCAUUGAUGAGGACUAGAAAGACCAGCAAGCCCAACCAUUCAACAUGUAAACUCAAAAUCAGUUCAAAAUUUUCAAUGCCAAAGACCUUUCUCUCCUUGAAGAACGACAAUGCCAUUCAAAACCUCAUGCAGCAUUCUAAAUAGUAUUCAGAAGAAAUUACAAGAUUUAAAUUAUAAGCUGAGGACUGUGGGCAAUGGUCGUAUUAACUAUAAUAAGAUGUUUGUGAAGUCGAUUUAUAAAGAAAGAGCACCUCCAAAGAAGACCAGAUCAAUCUUGUCAACCUCCUUGAAAAAGCCUCUAAAAACUCUAAAAGUGACUUUUGACAUUCUCCCAUAAUCAACUUUCCCUUUUACAUGCUCCAAGAAAUCAUCCGAAGAUAACUGCUCAUAUUCUUCCAAACUAUUAU